CUCAACAACGUCUUAGUGAAAUCAUCGUUUGUUAUACUCUGAGACUCAGUUGUUUAAAGCCAUACACGAUUUUAUCAUGACGAAAUUCACCCGGGUUCUGUUUUACGCGCUGACCAUAAUGGUCGCUGCAUUUGCAAGAGAGCCAUCUUUUCCCGUUUGCUCGCGUUACGACUAUGAAGAAAGAAUAUUGGAAAGAGUAUUACGCAACGAAAUGGCCAUGGACAAUUUACUCGCGGAAAUCCGGAAAACUAACGCCGAAGUGAAGGCUGCGUUGAACGUGAUGAAAGAGGACAAGACUGAGCUAGCCACUGCAAUGACCGCUAUUAAAAAGGCGCAAGCUGAUAUGAAAUCAAUGCUGGACGAUGCAAUACAAGGAGGACUGAUUAAUAUCACUGUAGCUGUGACGUCGAUGACGACCAACACAUCAGAGGCCAUAACACGAAUGGAGAAAGAAAACAAGAUAUUGAAAGAUCAAUUGGACGAUGCAAUACAAGGAGGACUGUUGACUAUAUCUAAAGCGGUGUCGGCGAUGACGACCAACACAUCAGUUGCAAUUACACAGAUAGAGAGAGAACAGAUGAUAAUAAAAGACCAGUUGGUGAUCCCUACGAUAUACUUCUACGCCCGGACAGCAGCAUCUUCAGCUGUAUCACAGACUGUCGUUUACACAGCGGUGGAGGUAAACGAAGGUCAAGGUUAUGACCCGGCAACAGGAAGAUUUACUGUGUCAGUCCCUGGACUGUAUGCGUUUACAGUUCAAUAUUGUCUUAGCAAUAUGUAUGAGGCUUGGUUGGAAAUUGUUAAUAAAAAGAAAACGUUACAGAGAUCAUCAAUGAAAGAUAAAAGUGGCACAUACCCGUGUGUGUCCAUGCAGGUGUUUACCAAGGCUGAUGUGUCCGACCAGAUCUGGGUUCAAUCACAAUCAGGGGCGAACAGUCAGUUAUAAACGGAUUCUAACAGAUACACUUCGUUUUCGGGAGCAUUGAUACACUUGUAAAGCAAGCAUAAUCAGCAUGAUGUAUUGCAUUUAAAUGAUUAAUAUCGUGUAUUGCAAUUUGUUCUAUUCCCGAAAAAUUCCAUGUUUUCCUUAUGUUAAUGACUUAAUCAUUUACAUUUGUUAAUCAGUUUAAUCUUAAUAAUUAUAUGUAUGCGUUUAAUCAAAUAUGUAAACGAUGGCAAAGCGAACAUUUAAAUGAUGACAAUAAAGCUAUGUUUUUGCUUGUGUCUUUUUAUAGGAGUCUAUCAUUAUAAUACAAAUGUUUUUUCUACGUGAAAUAAA